AAUGUCAUAUAGUUAUCUAUUCAAAUUCAUUCUUAUUGGUGAUACAGGUAUUGAAAAUCAAAUAAUUGUGUAGGAGUUGGAAAAUCUUGUCUUUUAUUGUAGUUUAUCGAUAAAAGAUUUAGAUAAAAACAUGAGGUCACUAUUGGUGUAGAAUUUGGAGCAAAACUAAUUGAAUUAGAUGGAUUAAAUAUAAAGUUAUAGAUAUGGGACACUGUAUUCUUAUUAAGUUAUAAUAGGCUGGACAAGAAUCUUUUAGAUCAAUAACUAGAUCAUAUUAUAGAUCUGCUGCAGGUGCUAUUGUAGUUUAUGAUAUUACAAAAAGAGAGAGUUAUGAAAAUGUGGCUAGAUGGAUGGAAGAAGUAAAAUAGAAUGGAAAUCCAAAAUUAUCUAUGCUCUUGGUUGGUAAUAAAGGUGAUUUAGAAUCAGAGUAAAUAUAGUAUUUAAUAUGAAGACGAUAAAUUUCAUAUAAUGAAGCAUAAUAAUUUGCAAAAGAAUGUGGAAUUGACUUUUUUGAAACUAGUGCUAAAACAUCAAAUAAUGUGGAAGAGAUAUUUACUAAGAUGGCUUAAAUAAUAUUAGAAAAAAUCAAUCUAGGAUAAAUUGACCCAAAAAAUGAAAAUUUUGGAAUUAAAUUAGGUAGUGAAUAAGUGAAUUAUUCUCAUGGAAAUUAAAAUAUUACUAAUUUGGAGUAACAAUAAGAGUAUUAGCCUUAUGAAGAAAAGAAGAAAUCUAAUAUGUGUUGUUGA